AUGCCCAUCCGAUACGCAACACACCGGGACCUCGACGCCAUAUCCCACAUCUUCACCGCGGCGUUCUGGGACGAAGAUUACAGCGGCCGCUUCGUGCAUCCCUAUCGCGAGCAAUACCCCGACUCGGUUCUCCACUACUGGCGCCGGAAAGUCCGCGCUGCAUUCUGGGACUACCGAAACUGCCUCAUCGUCUCCGUCGAUCAGGACGGUCGAAUCACCGGCGCGGCGGAAUGGGGACGGGUUGGUCGUCCAAGCGCAUUAGGACUCAAGAUGGGUUUGGGAUUGGGACUCUCGUGGUGGGAUCCUCGACGGUUGGUUGCGCCGCUGGUGAAGGUGUGGAAUCGCAUAGAAGAAUGGAUGUGGCCAAACCGAGCAGCAGUCCCGGAUCGACUGGAUGCAUCUAGCCGCGCUGCGCCGUUUUUCACGCGACAUUUGGUGGGCGUCCGAAGCGAUGGAUGGAAGCUGAGCACACUCGGUGUGCAUCCUGAUGGGCACGGGAAAGGCUAUGGAAGGGAGCUGGUUCGAUGGGGCCUGCAGAAGGCUCAAGAUGAGGGGAUCUCUGCCGGUGUCAUCACGUCGGACGGCAGCGAGCAAUUCUACCGCAAAUGCGGAUUCGAUGUCGAACUGUGCAAAAUUACGGAAGGAGAAAAUAACCCGUUGAGUGAAGUUAAGGGAGGCGUCAUCUUCUUCAAAGACCCUCACUGA